AUGUCGGAUGUGUCGAGCUCCUUCUCAGCUUGGGAGACCCUGCCGCAGGACGAACCUCCGCUGUGCAUCGCAGUUCGACGCCCAGUGUCACCUCCACGCCACUAUGAGGCGCACUCCAACGCUCGAGGCCGACGCUAUACAGACGCACUAGGUCGGUCCCUAUUCUCUAUUAUAUUGUCGCUGAAACACGACAACCCUGGCACCUGUUUACAUAAUGUGAGGCCCGACAUAAGCUAUACACGUACGUUUACUAUUGACUGCGACACUUCUGGAAACUCAUGUAGAGGUUUGCUUGCUGUUUCAGUUGAGGCUAAAUCAAUUUAUGUUGCCUACCGAGACAGCGAUUCACAAAAACAGCUCGGUGCUGAAAUUCUGAACGGUUUCGGUGCACAACUUGGCGCCUGGGAAAAGUUUGAGGACCCCGAAAUUGGAGUGAUCUCCUACUUCCAUCAAGCUUUCUACAGAACAUUUGUUGGAAGCGGAAUGAAGGACCACCUAUUAGAGCUAACGAAACGAUAUGCUAACCACCGAAUUUGGGUCACGGGUUAUUCUCUUGGCGGCUCGCUGGCAUCCAUGACAGCACUGUACAUGGCAAAAAAAGAGCUGGUCGACAAGAAACUGGUCAGAGGUGUUUAUGACUACUUGAUAACACCAAGCAAUCGGACAGCCGUAAGGGUGACAUCAGAUGUCCAGGAGCAGAUCGAUGCGAUCAACCUAGCGCAACGCAUCGCGAAUUCUAACGGUUACAUUGGUAAUGUAGCACGUAGGCCAGAUCUUGGUGCGCAGCAAGAAUAUGCCACACGGGUUGAGUCGAAUAAGAUCAAUUUCUGCCUGCCCUUCAUAACCGACGACCUGAGUAAAGCUAUACGGGCUAGUCUGGUGAAAUGCGGUCUCGAGGACCAACAGCCAGGGUGUUCUAUCCGUGGUGCCCCUAGUACCACUUAUGAUAGAGCCUAUUCAAAUACACGUGGAUUAUUUGAAGCGAGACCUCUUCCAGAAAUCAUGUAUGUUUCUAUGAGGGUGUACAGAGCUGGACAUACAGGUGUUUUACCCCAGACCAUGUUUAGACGGCGAUAUUGUUGA